GAAUGUGUUGGACUGUUUUUUCUGUAAGUAUUCCCACAGUAAAUUUCUCUUUGUUUUUAUGCCUGACAGCCAUGGAGACUGAAGUGCCCAAAGUACCAGCCAAGAAGAAAGAACCUAGCAAAAGGGCUGCUGCUGCACAGAAGAAGAAGCCCUUGGCAACUGUUUCGGAGAUAUCUGAUGAUGAUGAUGAUGAUUAUUGCAAUUUUCGGGUUCUGCUUCUACUUCUGCCAGUACUGAAGAAACUAUUGAAGUUGCACCAGCAAGAGCAAGACCUCAAAGGGUGAACCAAGUUAGAAAACAAGAAAGAGUAUGACAGAAUAUGAUCCGCGUCUUGUGGCUCCAACCUGGUUGUACCUGGCAUCAAAAGCAGCAGAAAGCACAGUGCAGAUGCUGAUGAAAAGUAUGACUCAAUUAACUUGGUGCUAUGGGCCAGGUAGUUGCCCAUCAAAGAGGGUCGCAUGGGCUAGAGAAUUGAUAGACGAAGAAGCAGAACAGUUCCUCAUGCCUCGUUUCAUUGACCCAGAUUCAGAAAGACCUUGGCUUGCCCAAAGAAUGGCCUUGAGGAUACCAUAUUCUGCGUAAACUUAAUGGAAGGAGACCUGCUUAUGCUUCCCAGCAACUAAUAUAAGAGCUGCAUAAUACGUUUUAUUUUUAAGUCUUUGAUUGGUCAAGUUAUGAGAGAAUAGCAUGGUGCCUUUUGAUGUAUGAACUUCCUCUAUAGAUUGUUUGGCUUAUAUUUUGUGAACUUGUCCGAUCAA